ACACAUCUUCCAAUCAAAUCAUGCAUGAACUUGGCGUGCCUCACGAACCUUAGCAGGACUAGUCCCCGCAGCCUCUUACCUUUCCAUAACCACCCCAAGACCGAACAAUUUCCUCAUUCAAAGAUGGAGCACCUCAAUCUCCCGAACAACGCGGACGACCGAAUCAAGAUCCCAUACUAUCGUCCCGUAGGAGGAGUCUCCUACUCAUACGACGGCCUCGAUUUCAGGACCUAUCCCCAGCGCUGCGGCUGGGACCUCUCCGCCUGGUCAUCCAUAACCGCAGAAACGAAUGACUUCUCCUUCUCAUCAUGGCUAGCCACGUCCAACCCCACCCAGUCGCUUGAAAACCUUGGUUCUUUCCUGCAAACCUGGUUAUUCUUUGGUCUCUUAUCGCACGUGACAAGGCUCGAUAUCAAGACUGCAGAUUUCCUGCGGCGAGAUGAGUAUGGAGACGUAUCCAUAACCACCGCAGCGUUGCAGAAGUAUCAAGAAAGCUGGGUAGCGCAUCCGAACGAGGAGAAGAGCGAGGACGAGGAGAGGGACGAUUUGGAAAGGAUGAGGUCUUUACGGGAUGCGGAAAUUAUCCUGCGCCAGAUCGAGAACGUGAUCUCGGCAGCGUUGGAGGGAACAUUGGAGGAUCCGGUGGUGUGGAAGCCCGAGAGUGUGCUUCUCAGAUUGAGAGCUAGGGGCUCGGUCGAGUUGACACCGGAGGAGCGCGGGCGUAGUAAGACUAUGUCUGCGGUGCUCGCAGACAUCCACUUCUCGUGCUGUCUUCUCGUUGCCGCGCUGAGCGUUACAAGUGGCGAGGUUUCUUGGCAAUACACAGGUGUUUUUCCGUUGCUGCAUCUACGGAUGAUCGAGGACGGGUGGUGUCCGUUCUACAUCCGGCGAGCGUGGCACAACUUGGCGAUCGAGAAUCAAGUCCGCGCUUUCGCGCUGGGGAGCAUACGCUGUAAACUGGACCACUCAGAUUGCCAUCGGAGCAAAUGCGUGCAGGAUCAGGCAGGUAGCGCUCACGAGCCUGCUCAUUGCGUGGUGGGUUGCAAGUGUGCUCUGAUUCAACCUCCGAUAGAAGAAAUGAUUGAGAUAUUGAAAAAUGGGGACAUCCCGGUUUUGUUAUUGAGCGAGGACGAAGAUGAUGACACCGUCUCUGAGAUGAGAGUACAAGUACAUGCAGCAAAAGAUUUUCCUUACAUUGCUAUAUCCCAUGUGUGGGCCGAUGGCUUGGGGAAUCCAAAAGAGAACGCGAUACCGGAGUGCCAGGCAAGACGGCUACAUCAGCAUCUGCUUUCAUACAUGAGAGAAAGAGAAGAGUCAGAAGACACGUUGUACUUUGCCGAGACCUUGCCGUUCUGGCUUGACACACUUUGCAUUCCUAUAGCACCGGAGUAUAAGGAGCUACGCAAUGCGUCCAUAGUGCAAAUGCACCAGAUUUACCGAGACGCGGAGGCUACUCUGAUCUUGGAUCAAGAUCUGGAGAAUUUACCUCCUUCGGAGGCGAACGUCAACGUCCUCGUGCGGCUAGCAAUGUCUGCCUGGAGCACAAGGCUCUGGACUUACCAAGAGGGUGCCACAGCGAGAGGCCUGUACAUUGCAGGAGAUGGCCGGUCCAUCCACAUCGACAUGCUCGUAGACCUAUACAUGAACAAGCAGCGUUUGCAACGCGAGUUCAAAGAUCUCCUACAGAUAUUCCGCUUCCGGAUUGCCGAGAACCGCAUGCUGGCGCGGUCGAACGACUAUGAUGAUUGGCAAGCUCAAUGCAUGCUUCGCGCACUUUUCCAAAGAACGACCAGUCGAGGCGACGACGAAGCGAUUUGCAUAGGCUCAUUCCUAGCAUUUGACAUUUCUACAGUUCUCGAGGCCGAGCCAGGAGAUAGAAUGAAAGCCCUCCUAUCGCUUUUCCCGACAAUUCCACCUAACAUCAUCUUUGGGUUCGGGGAGCGCAUCGCCGAAAAAGGUUUUCGCUGGGCCCCAAAGACAUUUCUCUACCCAGAUGGUCUAGCCUUCUACCCUUUACCUCCAGAGAUGUUACGAGACUAUGCGAGUGUACAGGGACCUGGAUCCUCCUCCGUGGAGAAUGGAGCAAUAGAUUUCGCCACCUACAAACGAGCAGAAUCUUACCUUCACCCUGAAGGUCUUGGACUGGUGACGUUCUUUCCGAGUAUCAGGCUUAUAGGAGGUGAGAGCCUCACCCAGCACUUUGUUCUCCGUAUCGAAAGCACGAUGGACUCCUUCUCUGGGAGAUAG